AAAGUAGAGGAAGCGGAAGUGAGCGAAGAGCUGUAAGUUGUUUUUCCAGCGCAACUAUUUUGAGGAAAAUAGACACGAUUCGAAGUUGUAGUGCACGAUGGGAACUACGGCAAGUCAACUUGGAAAGGAUUUACUCUCAGAAUACCAGGAGCUGACAUUUUUAACCAAACAAGAAAUUCUCCUUGGUCACAAGAGGUUCACUGAUCUUCUCACUAAAGACGAGAAGAGUCUUCCAAAUGCCAGAGUCUCAAUGGACAGGAUUCUUGAGCUGCCAGAGCUGAAGUCCAACCCUUUCAGGAAGAGAAUCUGCCAUGUUUUCUCAACGUCUGAACAGAAUGAUGGAAGCCUCACUUUUGAGGAUUUCCUGGACCUUUUGAGCGCCUUCAGUGACUCUGCCACUCUGGAGAUCAAGUCCCAUUAUGCAUUCCGCAUUUUUGACUUUGAUGAUGACGGAACGCUUGAUUAUGGGGAUCUGGAGAAGCUGGUGAACUGCUUGACUGGUGAGACAGAUGAUGCAAGACUGACUCCGGAAGAAAUGAGACAGCUGAUCAACAACAUUCUGGAAGAGUCAGACAUCGACAAAGAUGGAACCGUCAAUCUCUCAGAGUUUCAGCAUGUCAUUUCACGGUCGCCAGAUUUUGUCAGCUCUUUCAAGAUCGUACUCUGAAGAGUGGCAACACGUUUAUCUCAAUCUACGUUCAAACCUCACUUCAAUCUUUGGUUUUAUUUCUUAAAUUAUUUUCUUGACGGCUUUACAGACUGAAUGCAUAUUUGUGCCUUUUAUUUCUAUAAAGACUUUAUUAAAGUGGAGAUUAAUGUCA